UGCAUUGACAAAAAGUCAUAAAUCGCCAACAUGAAUCGCAAUGACGUUGCGUGCCGGCUCGGGCUCGAGUAAACAGUGACGUCACAGAGCGUCACGACAAAAAGUCGAUUUUCGCAAGUUCGGCCAGCUGACUGCGCUCGCGCCCCGCUCCCCUCCGCCACGCACUGAAAAUUCAGUGCGACGAGAUUUCAGCGCGAGCGAGAGAGACAGCGGGAAAGGGCUGUAGAGAGAGUGGGACGGUUACAUACGUGUGGGGUUCCGCAAGACGCGCGGUGGGCGGGCGGUCGGAUGAUGUAUAGAGUGGUGGAGUUAGGUUCAAAUUGUGCCGGGAAGUGGCCGAGAUUAGAGCCCGCGGGCCGCGCCGCGAACGUAAGCCCACUUAAGACUGUUUUUAAUACUAGUAUUUUUUACGCGAUCCCGACAGGAUUUAGCGGAUAAGCGACGACGCGAUCGUGCUUUGAUUUAUCGGUUUCGAAUUCGGAUUCGGUUGGUGUUUACGCUAGUGGUGACGCUAGUAAUCCCGCGGCUUGUCCCAGAUUAUGACGGAUACCGGAUUGCGUGUACACACACUGUGAAAAUCGCGGAAUUAUCAGACGCGCUAAGCCAGCUUUUCGCUUGUUAAUAAACCCAAUGCGCUGCGCAUAAGCGUGUUGUAUUCUUCCCCUCACGACCCCGUCCGGCCUCACCAUUCACCUCCGCGUGUACAAAGAGGCGCUGGCGGCCGGCAUGGAGCCGCUGAGCGAGGGCCUGUGCCUGUCGGAGCUGGAGCUGCACGGGGGGCACCUGCACGAGUCGGUUGCGGCGUCCGUGGGCUCGGCCAUCUCCAGCCUCAUGGCGCCUCUCCAUCACGAGCCGCAGCACACGCCGCUGCACGCGCACGCGCCGCCCCUACACCACGAGCCGCUUGAAAAGCUUAAGCUAUGGGCGGAAACAGGCGAGUUUCGGGACAGCGGGCACUCGUCGCUUACGUCGGGCGGCUCGGGCGUUGAACAGUCGCUGUACGCGCCGCCACGCCCGCGCCGCGACCGCAAGCACAACGACGACAACUCGCGGCAGCUCACAGAAGCGACUAUCAAAACGGAGUCGACGACCCCGGGCGGCGACGACGGCCUGGACGACAAGGGCGACAAGAAGAACAAGCGGCAGCGGCGCCAGCGCACCCACUUCACCAGCCAGCAGCUGCAGGAGCUCGAGGCCACGUUCGCGAGGAACCGGUACCCCGACAUGUCCACCAGGGAAGAGAUCGCCAUGUGGACCAACCUCACGGAGGCGAGAGUUAGGGUAUGGUUUAAAAAUCGAAGAGCGAAAUGGCGAAAGCGGGAGCGCAAUGCCAUGAACGCGGCUGCGGCUGCCGCCGCUGACUUCAAAAACGGUUUCACCACGCAGUUCAAUGGACUCAUGCAGCCCUUCCCUGACACCGACAUCUACUCUUCAUACCCCUACAACAAUUGGGCCGCCAAAGUCCCAAGUCCGCUAGGGACGAAAAGCUUUCCAUGGCCCGUAAAUCCUCUGGGUUCCGUCGUUCCGGCGAGCCAUCACCAAGGCUCCGUCAACUGCUUCAACACGGCUACGUCGAUGGGCGCCGUCGGCGGCAGCAGCAUGGCGGUAGCGGGCUCGGCCGGCGUCGGUGCCGGCGUCGCGCCUUGCCCGUAUACCGCUCCCCCCAACCCGUACACGAUGUACCGGACGGAGCCGUGUCCGGCGAUGUCGUCGUCGAUAGCACAGCUGCGGCUGAAAGCGAAGCAGCACUCUACAGGGUUCGGCGGCGGCUACGGGACAGUGUCGCCGGUGUCGCGGGCCGGCUCGGCGCCGCUGUCGGCGUGCCAGUACGCGGCGGGCGGGGUGGGCGUGAGCGACCGCGUGCUCUGAGACGAGGCGCGCGGCCGCGACGACGCGCGUUCGCCGCUGCUGACCGCCGCGCGCGCCUCCUAGUCGCCGCCCGCGCCCGACGCCUCCACCCCUCAUGGACUUUAUAGGCAUCUGUGGGACUGGUUCGAUUGAUUCUGUGCACGAAAUAAACGUAGCGUUUAUACUGUGAGCGUUCAUAUGUGGAGCAAUUACAACAUAUAAAAGCAACAAGCGUUUCAAAACUGGAAAAUA